UCUGUGCAACGGAGCAUUUGUCAAACUUCGCAGAUUUCGUUUCGUGUCAUUUUGUGUUUUUAAAAAACCAUCUUAUUCAAUUAAAAUAAACGAUGUUUAAAUUGAAAGAAACAUCUUGGCGCUUCUUAUUGUUAUGAAAACGAAAAUAGUUUUUCAUUCUUGUGUUUCAAUGGAGAAAUUAAACCCGGUCACGUAAAAAGAAGCACUGAAUAAACUUACUGAUUACUUCGCUAUAAUCGGUAAAAAUGUCGAAGAAUGGCGAAGUGUCGUCGAAUCAAGGGCCGAGCAGACCGACUAUGCCAAAACCUGAACUGAAUUUGUUUUGUUCAGACAAACGAAAAAUAUUGAGCCCCCCUUUCGGAGGGCCAUCAAGUGAUAGUGCUGCAUUUAUGCCCUUUUCUCAGAAUUCUGCGGCACCAAAACCCCGAUUACCAUCGCGCACCAUCAGAGAUGUGUUGCCUGAUAAUACAAGAGAUAGGUGUAGAAUUUAUCCUUCAAUGCAGUCCUCUGGUAGGUUACAGUUAUCUGCCACUGAAAUUUAUGAUUUCACUGCUGAUGAUUUACAAGAUCUAGGUGAAAUUGGACGGGGUGCAUUUGGUGCUGUUAACAAAAUGGUUCAUAGGAAAUCUAACAGAGUAAUGGCUGUAAAACGUAUUCGUUCUACUGUGGAUGAGAAAGAACAAAAACAAUUAUUGAUGGACCUUGAGGUAGUCAUGAAAAGCAAUGAAUGCCCAUACAUUGUACAGUUUUAUGGAGCCCUGUUCAAAGAAGGUGAUUGUUGGAUUUGUAUGGAGUUAAUGGAUACCUCGCUAGACAAAUUUUAUAAGUUUAUAUGUGAACGAAUGCAGAGAAGGAUACCAGAAAUAAUAAUAGCAAAAAUAACACUAGCUACUGUCAAAGCUUUAAAUUAUUUAAAAGAAAAAUUAAAAAUUAUUCAUAGGGAUGUUAAACCAUCUAACAUACUGUUAGAUAGAAGAGGAAAUAUAAAACUUUGUGACUUUGGUAUUUCUGGUAAGCUUGUUGAUUCAAUAGCCCGCACUCGAGAUGCUGGAUGUCGACCAUAUAUGGCACCUGAACGUAUUGACCCUGGACGAGCAAGAGGGUAUGAUGUAAGGUCAGAUGUAUGGUCGCUGGGUAUUACUUUGAUGGAGGUUGCUACUGGCUCCUUCCCUUACCCUCGAUGGGGCUCUGUUUUCGAGCAGCUGCAACAAGUUGUGCAGGGAGAUCCUCCUCGCCUUACCAACAAAAACAAUACUUUCUCAAGUAACUUCGUAAAUUUUGUUAAUACUUGCCUUAUCAAGGAAGAAACACAGCGUCCCAAAUAUAAUCGAUUAUUGGAACAUCCUUUCAUAAAGGGGAUUGAUCAAAACAGAGUUGACGUAGCCGCCUAUGUAUGUGAAGUUCUAGACGCAAUGGAACGCAAUGGCGUCAGCCCAUUCACCACAGAUCAACCAGCACAGGCAUGGAUAGACUAAUUCAUAUAUUCCAAACUACCUUAUAUAGAAUAGCAAACAAGUUUAACUUGUCGACACGUGGUAUUAGUGCUUAACACUCGAUCAUUGUAUUUAUUAUUGGUUUGUUUUUAAUUAUUAUUAAUAUUCAGAUUAGCUUGCCUAAAAAUGAUAUGUCAACCAUAAUGAUAGAAGCAAAGUUCAAAUUCUUGUAUAUUUUAUAAUUGAAUAAAUAGUAGUUUAUAAAUAGCUAAUAAGUAUUAGGUGAAGUAGAAAAAUCUUCUAUAAAGGUAUAAUAUGCUAGGUAUGUAUGUAUACAUUGCACUUAUAUGAUACACUCCAUGUUUAUUGAGUAUUCAUGGUUAAAUUUUAAAAAUCAUUGUUUUAUACAUUUAACAAUUAUUAUAUUAUGUAUUGUAGUAUUGUGAUUAAUGAUUAUAAUGUAGAAAAUAUUCCACAUACGUUUUCACCUAAUUUGUUUAAAUAAUGAAAUAUGAUGCAUUUAAAUAAUUAAUUAUAUAGAUUGACACACCUAACUUAUAAACCCACACUUAAUGGUUAUGAAAUCUGAAAAUAAUAUAUGAAGGUGAGAGACCUAUUUUUACAAAGCCAUAUAAAACUGAGCAUAAUUUGAUUGUUAUUUAUUAUAAUUGCUUAUGAAAUUGCCAUUAAAAUUUACAUGACAUAGAUGCCACCUAAACAUAAGAAUGCAUUAAAACUUACAGCCAGUGGACAAAAAUAGGUCUGAAUUCUGGCUUGCCCUAUCUUCAGUCCAUGUGAUAGAUUGAAAUGAAUGUUAUUGGUAACGAAGUAUAAAUAAUAUUUACAAAGAAGUCUUUCGCACUCCUUGUUUUGUAAAUUUUAAUUAUGUUAAAAAAUGGUGUCUGGUUUUACAUGAUAUUAAGUUUUAUUUCAUAUGCAAUAUUAUUAUUAGAUAGAUGUAGAUAAUAAUGUUGACAUAGAAUUCACAAUUUUUGUGUUGUAAUAUGGUAGUUAAAAUAGUAUGAAUUGAAUUUUGAUAGAGAAUAAUAGGUUUAUGCAGAAUAACAAUUGAAUUUUUAGUUCAGGGUAUCUUUUGAAUGGUAUAAGAAUACCCGCAAUUCAAAUAUUGUUUACGAAUGGGACAUUUUUUUUAUCGUAUGAGAAUUAAAAAAACUGAGUGGUAAUAAUAUUAGUUUCUUGCAGCAUUCAGUUUAUACUCAUAUUUUAAUCUUGAUUGUGAGUUAAUUCUUCAUUUGUGAAAUGCAUAGCUAAUAAAAGAUUGUAUGUAUAGAUAUAAUUUUGUAAUAAAUUGUAUAUACAGACAGAUAAUAACUAUACAUAAGUAAUUAAAUACAUAGCAUUCACUUUUAUAAGGCAGCAAUACACUAAAAAAUAUUGUUCACUAAAGAGGCAAUUAUGAUUAAUUUAAUUGCAAU